AUGGAGGGCGGAGCUCACGGGGCCGACUCUUCGGCUUUCAGGGAGUGCUUCUCCCUCGCAUGGAGGAACCCGUACGUCCUCCGGCUCGCCUUCUCCGCCGGCAUCGGAGGCCUCCUCUUCGGCUACGAUACAGGUUAGUUCACUCCCUCCCUCAAAAACAUAGAGAGAGAAAGAGAGAGACUUACAGAGGGCCAUCAUCGGGUGUUCUGCUGCUGCAGGAGUGAUCUCCGGGGCGCUGCUGUACAUCCGGGACGACUUCCCCUCCGUGGACAGGAAGACAUGGCUGCAGGUGACUGUCGUCGAUUUCUUUUUGUUUUUCUUCCGAGAAGAUGGGAAGAAGGGGGUUGCAGCGAGGUCAGCUUCUCCGCUGGGACUAUGUGGGCAGGAAAGCAUCGUGAGCAUGGCGGUGGCGGGGGCAAUUGCGGGGGCGGCGGUGGGAGGGUUCGCGAACGACAAGUUCGGCCGCCGGAGUUCCAUCCUCGCCGCCGACUUGCUCUUCUUCGUCGGCGCCGCCGCCAUGGCCGCCGCUCCGAGCCCCUCUCUCCUGGUCGUCGGCCGCGUCCUGGUCGGCCUCGGGGUGGGGAUGGCGUCCAUGACGGCGCCCCUCUACAUAUCCGAGUCUUCUCCUGCGCGGAUCAGAGGAGCUCUGGUCAGCACCAAUGGCUUCCUCAUCACAGGGGGCCAGUUCCUGUCCUACCUCAUCAACCUGGCUUUCACCAAGGCACACGGCUGUCCCUUUCGCCUCUCCCCAGACAUCCAUUAAUCUAUCAACAUAUAUGAAGCAUAUAUGAAUAUAUAUAUAUAUAUGUAUGUAUGUACCUGUUUGCUCUCAGGCGCCGGGGACGUGGAGGUGGAUGCUGGGAAUUGCUGGAGUUCCUGCUCUGGUGCAGUUCGUCCUGAUGGUGUUCCUCCCAGAGUCGCCUCGGUGGCUGUACAGAAAGGUAGGCUUGAGUUCAUGGAUCAUGUCGGCAGGGUGUGGAGAUUGCCGUUGACUUGCUCUUUUUCAGGGAAGAGAGGAGGAGGCGGAGACCAUACUCCGGAGGAUCUACCCUGCCCAUGAGGUGGAUGGAGAGCUCCAGGACCUCAAGGACUCUGUGCAGGCGGAGAUCCGAGAGGAAGGGUCCUCGGAGAAAGUCAACUUCGUCAAGCUCUGGAAGACGACGGCCGUGAGGAGAGGGCUCGUCGCCGGAGUGGGCCUCCAGGUCUUCCAGCAGUUUGUGGGCAUAAACACGGUCAUGUACUACAGCCCCACCAUCGUCCAGCUUGCUGGCUUCGCGUCGAACCAGACGGCGCUGCUGCUGUCGCUGAUAACCUCCGGCCUCAACGCCCUGGGAUCCGUCGUCAGCAUCUACUUCAUCGAUAGGACGGGGAGGAAGAAGCUGUUGAUCAUCAGUCUCUGCGGUGUGAUCGCCUCUCUGGCUGUUCUGUCAGCGGUCUUCCACGAGACCACGGCGAGCUCGCCGCAGGUGGGCGGGCGAGAGACCGCCCACUUCUCCGCCUACACUUGUCCGGAUUACCAGUCAGACAUCUCGAAGAAGAAGAACUGGGAUUGCAUGAGGUGCCUGAAGGCGUCUUCCCCGGACUGCGGCUUCUGUGCUUCGGCGGCCAACAAGGUAACUCCAUCUGUCAGAAAUCUUGGUGUUUGAUCGGAUGGACUAGUGAGCAGCUUUUCAUCUGGUGGCAGCUGCAUCCUGGAGCCUGUCUGGUUGCGAAUGCCACAGUGAAGGGCCUCUGCCAUGGGGAAGAUCGGCUGUGGUACACAAGAGGAUGCCCGAGCAGCUAUGGAUGGCUGGCGUUGAUUGGACUGGCUCUGUACAUCAUAUUCUUCUCUCCAGGGAUGGGGACGGCCCCGUGGAUCGUCAACUCGGAGAUAUACCCUUUGAGGUUCAGAGGAAUCUGCGGAGGGAUCGCCGCAACCGCGAACUGGGUCUCCAACCUGAUCGUCGCGCAGUCCUUCCUCACCCUGACGGAGGCCAUUGGGACCUCCCUGACGUUUAUGAUCUUCGGUCUGAUCUCCGUGGUCGCCCUCAUCUUCGUGCUGAUCUGCGUGCCAGAAACCAAGGGACUGCCGAUUGAGGAGGUGGAGAACAUGCUGGAGAGAAGAUCUCUCAACUUCAGGUUCUGGGAGCGAAGCAAGAAACCUGAGAAGAUGAAGAAGAAGAAUACAAAUGUUUAA